AUGUCUCUCGUUCGAGUCAUCUUGUUGGGAGCCCAUCAUCCACACUUCUAUAUCCGAGCCCAGAUCCUGCGGGAGAGAAAGGACGUCGAAAUCAUCGGGUUUUGGGAGGAAGAACGCACGCUCGCACAGAAAAUCCAAAACCGCUUGGGAAUCCGACGAUUUGAUUCCGAGCAUGCGCUCGUGAGCACCCACUUCGACGUGGCAUUUGUCCAUCCCCUGGACCAUGACAAUCCGCGCCUGGCAUUGUUCGCCGCAUCUUCGGGAGCCAAGGGUCUCUUUCUAGAGAAGCCAGGCGCUACUCAUCCAGAACACCUAUUCAAACUGGCUGAAGAUCUCAAGGAAUGGCCAAAUCUCGUUGUUGAGUGGGGCUGGGAGAUGCACUAUGCCGAGACGAUGGAUAUGGUCCGCCAUCUCGUCCGCCAUGGGGCGCUGGGAGAGAUCACUACUUCUCACUGGCAUGGUGGGACUCCUUCCGGUGGUGGAAUGGAGCUUUGGCAGCGGCAGGAUGGGACGCUGGGAGGGUUUUUAUACAUGGAUGGCAGCCACACGCUGGAGGCGAUUGUGGAUGUCUUCGGACUGCCGAAGAGCGUGUCCGCCAGUGUGAGGAAGCUGCCCAAGGGCCACAAGCACCCAAUUGUGAGCUGCUUCUACGACAUGCAUGUAGAAAGACUGGAGCCACCGACGACAGCGUAUUGCGUUGGAGAACUGCCGUACGAGGACAUCGGGAGCGUCAUCCUCGAAUACGAGAGUCAUAAUGUCGUUGCUGAUUUUACGGCCUGGGAACCCACGGAUUGGUGCGUAGAUUGGGGGAUUGAUAUCUAUGGCACCAAUGGCACCUUCCAUGGAGUGCUGAACCCCCCGAAGGGGCAGGUGAAUCUCCGGUCGGGCAGGGGAGGUUUUGACAAGGGCCUUACACAGAUGCCGACCGAGAAGGCGACGGGAGUCAGCAAUCAGGAGGGCUACUACAGUCGACAGAUUGACCUCUUCUUGCAAAGAGUGACUAAAGGAGUCCAGACGGAGUGUGCUGGGCUUGAGAUACAGUUGAAGCUGAUGAAGGUGUUGCAAGCCGUAUAUACGUCGGCCAGAGAACGCCGAUUUAUAGACGUCUCGUAG